UCCCUCUCCGCGGCAGCUGGCCCCGCCGGCCGCGUGCAUGCAGCAGAAUGGCUCGAGCGGCUCCAUCGGCUCUGACGGCGGCAGGGAGCGGCAGGCUCUGUCCUUCAGCCCGCUGCCCGCCGCUACUACACGGGUGAGGCGGUUCAUUCAGGAGCGACAGAGGACGCUGCCGCUGCCCAAAGUGAUGGUGGUAUUCUCGGCCGCUGGCGACGCGGACAAACCGAGCGAUGCCAUGUCCAGCUCGGACCCAACGGAGGAGGGCGACGGCGUCCGGAAGCCGCCGGCCUCCCCCUCUCCUUCCCUCUCCCCCUCCCCGAAGCACCGCGCACCGAGCAAGCCGCGCCGCGCCGCGCUGACCACCCCGGAGCCGCAGGAGUUUCCAGAGGUGAUCUCCCUGAACGUGGGGGGAACGCUCUUCACCACGCGCCUGUCCACGCUGCGGCGCUACGACGACACCAUGCUGGCCGCCAUGUUCAGCGGGCGCCACUACAUCCCGCGGGACGCCGAGGGCCGCUACUUCAUCGACCGGGACGGCGCUUACUUUGGGGACAUCCUGAACUUCCUGCGGGAAGGCGAGCUGCCGCAGCGGGACCGGGUCCGGUUCGUCCACCGGGAGGCGCAGUACUACGCCAUUGGGCCGCUGCUGGACCGCCUGGAGGAGACGCAGCCUCUGACCGGGGAGAAGGUCCGGCAGGCCUUCCUCGACCUGCUGCCCUACUACAGAGACAAUCUGGAACGCAUCGUGGAGAUCGCCAAGCUGCGGGCGAUGCAGAAGAAGGCGCGCUUCGCCAAGCUGAAGGUGUGCGUCUACAAGGAGGAGAUGCCCAUCACGCCAUACGAGCGGCCGCUCUUCAACUCGCUGCGCUUUGAGCGCACCGACGGCGACGCCAAGCUGUUCGAGCAUCACUGCGACGUGGACGUGUCGUUCGGGCCGUGGGAGGCCGUGGCCGACGUCUACGACUUGCUGCACUGCAUCGUCAGCGACCUGGCGCAGCGCGGCAUCGCCGCAGAGCAGCAGUGCAUCGGCGUCUGCGACAAGCACCUCAUCAACCACUACUACUGCAAGAGGCCCAUCUACGAGUUCAAGAUCACCUGGUGGUGAACGGCGGAGCCAGGACCGGAGCCAGGACCGGAGCCAGGACCGGAGCCAGGACCGGAGCGCAGCACGGCUUUUAACUCGGUUUUCUAUUCAAACUGACAGGAUUUUACAAUGUGACCCUUUAAAUCUGCUUCCUGUUUCCUCAAACAUUUCACAGUUUCCUGUCGUUUAAAUUCAGCGCCUUCAUCAUGAAACAUGAAACAGUUAAAGCAGGUUAGGGCAGAGUGUUGAGGCCAGACAGUGGCGUUUUUUAAUAAAAUGAUUAGCAGAUUAAAAACAUAAUAAAGUCGUAAAAUGACCAGAAAAGUUAGUUUUAAUCUUUGGUCUGAGGACAGCAGCAACGUUCUGCUAACAAUAAUCUGAUGCUGAGAUAUUUCAUAUCUGUAAAACCAAAACAACAGGCUCAACAUUCCUUAUUUAAAUGUUUAUUAUUUUUGGUGAAGCAUUUAGAAAAUGACUUCAUUCUAACAAUAAUUUGACUUUAUUUUCAUACAGAUUUUCUCAUAUUUUAUGAUUUUAUUCUGGUUUCUGGCUCUAAAACUCUGUUUUUCAGACAAACCCAAACAUUUGAACGUUUAUGGGGCUACAAAUGUUUUCAGUUCAUCUCUGGAUCCGUUUCUGUCCAGUCGGGUCCAAAUGACUACAAAGACAUGAAACCCAAACCAAGUCAAACAUCCGGUGGUAUUUUGGAUCCUCCUGAAUGAGGCGACAGUGGGAAGAAACCAGACGGUUCUCCUGACUGGACUAAAGUGGAGAUUUAUCUGGUGGAAAGAGAAAACUGUGAUCCUGCAAACAGCGAGCCAGGAAAACUCAACUUUAAUUUAACAUGCAUCUGUUUCCCAUUCAGGGCCAAACUGCAGCUUGUUUCUACCCCAAUAAAUCAACCAGCUAUGCAAAGACGGCAUAAUUAAACGGAUUUUUUGUGUAGACGAUGGUGGAGCCGUUGUUUUCAUGUUUCCUGAAGCCACAUCCUCUUCGGUCUGUUUUUCAGCAGUUAUUUCCCGUCGGCAAAAGAUUCACUGGUUUCCGUUUGGAGGGGUAACCAUGGAAACGUCCGGCCGUCUGAUUGGACGUCCUGACGCUCCACCAGGAAGCCCGACGCUUCUUGUUCCGAUCAAUGAGUGAAAUGAACCGGGAUCGAUAGCGAUCCAUCGGCAGCUUUUUGUUCUGAUCACAGCUAAUAGUGGCGGUUCGAUGUUGUGACGUGAAGUCAGAUGUGAUCUUUUCCUAUAGGUCUUGUGUCAGAUGAACUGUGAGAUACAUUUUCUUUAUGAGUCGCUGAAGGAGCGAUGGGAAAGGUUCAGCGAAGGUCAGCUUGUUUUUCUUUCAUCGGUCGCUAAAAUAAGGAGAUUCUCUGUUUUAAGGGAUUGCAUUGCUGGAGGUUUGACGCACAGCCGUGAAUUUUUGCAGCCACUAUAGAUGUUUGAAGUUUAUUAGAAAAUAGCGCCACCUUCAGGGAGAAUUUUAGAUUUUUUUUAAAACUUUUGUCAUUUCCAUCAUUUGAGUCCUGCUGUACUUGACUAUUACUGAGCACCAUGUGAUUGUAACAGAAAAGUCUUAUUUAUGUUUGGUAAAGUCAUCCGUUUUAAUUGAUUAUAAGAAUCAACUCUCUCAUCAGAUUUAUUCAGAUUUUAUUAAUUUGCCACAUAAUACUGAAGCACUACGUUCUUCCCCUGAAACAUGACUAAUCUUUAUGACUUCCAGUGUUUUUAAUGUUUUUAUAUCGCUGUUUAUGUUUGUUUUAGCUUCUAGGAAGCUCCAGAUCUCUAGUUGUCUUUUAUUUGUCUAUAUUUAAAAAAUGAAAACAUAAUUUUUAUGUUGUGGUACAAUAAAACUGUUUAACUGCAA